AUGGUGUAUAACCACGUCAACAAAGGAAACACAAUUCUCGUCCCCGCCGAGUCCCUUGGUGGUGAGGAGAGGAAAAAGAUCACUGUGAGCUGGACAGGCAAAAACGGCCUCCUCUAUGUGCAAUCCGACAAGCUCGAAGAGUUCAAAUCGAAGAAGACAGGCGGUGAAGAUUUCACUUUCACGGUCGACGAGACGUUCCAGUACGGGUCAAACGAUGAUGUUACCAUAUUCUUCCUCGUGUUCCACAACCAAGAUAACAAGCCUUUCCAGGUCAGUCAGCUUGAAGGGCAAGCUGCGGACUUCAUCGCGGGCUUAGGCCUCAAAAGUCAAGCUGAGUCCUUUAUUGGCGAGUACUUGGAGGACUAUGAGGAUUGA